AUGGGCUGUUAUGGCCAGGACCUAUUUGAGCCAAUUGCCCUCGGACAACCACCAACAAACAUCCAGCAACAGGGAGGCCAUCCUGUGCCGCGGUUGGGUAUCACCAAUGCCACUGGACCUAUCGAGACCAACAAAUUCUACGAAAACUUUGUUCUGGGAACCCAGAACUUUCCGGCUUUCUUGAUGCCAUAUACUCUGGCUUGGAGUAAAGGAAGCGGUAACGCUCAAAGUUGGGGCAUGGCGAUCUCGCAUGUUGAACAAAGCCAGAAGGUGUUCGGACCUGCCAACACGGCUAUUCCAAACUCGCCAGACUCCUACUACAUCAAUCCCUUAGGCAUCCAAUCCCUGAUUCUUUCUGCGGCAGAAUUUCAAAGCAACACCAUCCUCACUACUGAUUCACUGCUGGCGUUCUCGGCAAAUGUCCAUCUGCAGCCCUCCACUGGCUCAACCUCGAUCCUGACCAUGCCUGUCGUACAGGGGAUGGUUUUUAUCACUGGCCAAUACAUCAACCUACAGCCCAAUAUCCAGAGCAGCGUCUUCUUCCGCAGUGUCUCAGCCGCUGGAGAGCCUAAACCAGGCGUUUUCAAGUACAGAAUCACGCUAGAGGAUGGUAAAGUUUGGCUUUUGUACGCCCUACCAUCCAAUGGCAUUAAUCCUAAUUUCAAGCUCGCAUCAAGCACGUUGCUCCAAGGGCCCGAGAACUGGUACGGUGACGUGCAAGUAGCCAAAUUGCCGAGUGAUGGUCUCGACUUCAUCUAUGAUGACGCUGCAGGCACGUGGCCCACAGCUGGACAAGUGGGUGGCCACGCCCAAGAUGCAAAAGCUCAGUACAGCCUGUCAUGGACAAAAGCCGGGCCUUUUUCAGAGAACUCGACCCUUGUUAUGUUUGCUCUCCCUCACCACGUCCAGUCGUUCGCAGCCACCAGUCCAAAAACUGUGACGAACCUAACACUAGCCACCACUACCGUUGGUAAUGCUACGGCAGUAAUCGCAGAUUACUGGGUCCUGGAGGAGAACGAGCUUCCGACAUCGCUCGGGUUUGCACCCUGGAGGCCGGCAGACUCAUCUGAAUCAACUAUGAACUUGUCAGCCGCUGCUGUCGCGGCCAUUCAGCAGGUCUCUGUCACGGAGGCCUCUCAAAACAUGUCAGCUCAAACGAACCUCAACAGCAUGUACUAUUCCGGCAAGGCGCUGAGCAAGUUUGCAACAUUGGUCUAUACAAUGCACGAUCUUGCUGAUCAAGCAGACCUGGCUAAGACUGCGCUGCUUGAAUUAGAGAGUUGCUUCGAAGUCUUCUCCGACAACCAACAAGAGUACCCGUUGUUGUACGACACGGACUGGAAGGGCAUCGUCUCGUCAGCAAGCUACGUUACCGGUGAUGAUGGCGUCGAUUUUGGCAAUUCUUAUUACAACGACCAUCAUUUUCACUACGGCUACUUCCUCCAUGCUGCUGCUGUCAUCGGCUAUUUGGACCCUACAUGGCUCAUCAAAAACAAGGACUAUGUCAAUGCUUUGGCCCGGGAUGUGUCCAAUCCAAGUUCGCUGGACCAGUACUUCCCGGUCUUUAGAUCUUUUGAUUGGUACCAUGGGCACUCAUGGGCCAAGGGGCUUUUCGCUUCCGGAGAUGGCAAAGACGAAGAAUCGUCUUCCGAGGAUUCCAUGUUUGCUUAUGGUCUAAAGAUGUGGGGCAAGACCAUUGGCGAUGCUUCUAUGGAAGCUCGUGGUAACUUGAUGCUGUCGGUGCUUGCACGCAGCUUGCAGAACUAUUUCCUCAUGACCUCUGAUAACGUCAAUCAGCCAGCAGCAUUCAUUGGCAACAAGGUUACAGGGAUUCUGUUUGAAAACAAAGCGGACCAUACUACCUACUUUGGAAACGACUUGAGUUAUAUCCAGGGCAUCCAUAUGAUCCCGGUGAUGCCUUUCUCGACUCUGACACGAACACAGCAAUUUGUGGCUGAAGAAUGGACUACUUACUUUGCGGAUGGCGCGGUGAGGGACGCCACUGGUAUUUCAGGAGGGUGGAAAGGUAUCGUAUACGCAAAUUUCGCCAACAUUAACCCGAGUGCAGCGUACAGUUUCUUUACGCAGGACAACUUUGACAUGAGUUGGAUCGAUGGAGGGGCUUCUCGGACGUGGUACAUUGCACUCAGUGCCAUGCUGGGAGGUUCUCCAUGA